UUAGGCCUUUUAUCAAACAUUUAAGCUGCACCUUUUUGUGUGUGUGUAAUUUUGAUUUGAAAUCAUGGGAUGUGUUCUUGGAAAGUGUUGUUCUAGAUAUCCAUCAUCAUCAGAUGGUGAUUCAGGUCACCAUAAAGAAAAGAAACCUUACAAAUGCAAACACAUUCUUACAGAGAGGUCAUUGGAGUUGAUUCCUGUUCCAUCUCACAACUUUACUUUGCAGUGCUCAGCCUUAACACAGCAUGGUUACUACCCAGACACAGUGGAGAGGGAAAACCAAGAUAGUUUCUGCAUCAAAACACAAAUUCAAGGUGACCCAAAUGUUCAUUUCUUUGGUGUCUUUGAUGGACAUGGUCAAUACGGUGCUCACUGUUCCAACUUUGUUAAGGAUAGGCUUAUAGAAAUGCUAUCUAGUGACCCCUCUCUGUUGAACGAUCCUUUGAAAGCUUAUAAUUCAGCAUUUUUAGCUACCAAUUCUGAGUUACAUGAUAGUGAGAUUGAUGAUACUAUGAGUGGUACCACAGCAAUAACUGUGCUUGUUGUUGGGGAUACACUUUAUGUUGCUAAUGUUGGGGAUUCGAGAGCUGUGAUGGCUGUUAAGUAUGGGGAUCGAGUUUUGGCUGAGGAUUUAUCCGAGGAUCAAACACCAUUUAGGAAAGAUGAAUAUGAAAGGGUGAAGCGUUGCGGUGCCAGGGUCUUGAGUGUUGAUCAAGUGGAAGGCCUUAAAGACCCGAAUGUUCAAAAUUGGGGCGAUGAAGAAAGCCAAGGCGGUGAUCCUCCAAGGUUGUGGGUUCCUAAUGGGAUGUAUCCUGGGACUGCAUUUAGUAGGAGUGUAGGUGAUAGUACAGCGGAGACGAUUGGUGUGAUUGCUGUACCCGAGAUUAAAGUUGUUCAGCUCACACCUAAUCAUCUAUUCUUUGUCGUUGCAAGUGAUGGAGUUUUCGAGUUUCUCCCAAGCCAAACUGUUGUCAACAUGGCAGCGGCAUACACGGAUCCCAGGGAUGCAUGUGCUGCGAUUGCUGGAGAAUCCUACAAACUUUGGUUGGAUAAUGAAAAUCGGACUGAUGAUAUUACAAUAAUCAUUGUACAGAUUAAAGGCUUGUCAAAUUCGGGUGCUGGUGCCACAGAUAGCAGAGUGGAUUGCAGGCCAAUGGUUAUGAGGUCGGUAAAGGGAAGUCUCAAUAUGUGCAGUGUCUCGGAGUCGGAAACAUAUGAUUCAGUAAGAAGUGAUUUUUCAGAUACUCAGCAGUCUUUCCAACAGAGUGUGUCGAUGAAUCGAAGUGCUGCGAUUGUUGUUCCAUCGCCAAUGCGGAAAAGGCCUUUACAAUUAAAUGUGGGGUAGCCAAAAGGAAACAGAGAAGUUACUUUCAUGGUGCAAGAUUCUCAUGGUGAAUGAUGUCAAGGCCCCAUGACAUCUUGCUGUUUGCUGAUAACACUGUAUUUGUCAAGCAAAUGGUGUGCUCUUGGCGGCGAUCUUGCACCUAGUAAUCCGAACGUAUGUAGAAAAGAAAUUGUUUUCUCAAGAUCGAAGGUAAGUUAUGUUUAGCAAGGUAAGAGCUGAUAUUCACAAGAUGAUAAGGAUCCGGAAAUACGCUAUUUCAAUGUUAACAUGCUUCCGAGGAAGAGAAGAACUAUUCUAUUUUGUUGCCUUUAAAUCUCAGUUGUUUCCAGCACUGCUGGGAUGAUGUGAGGCAGAUAUAACCUUGAUUGUUAACUGCCCUACAUGGAUUGUGUAAAUUUAACGUGAGAUAUGUUAACUGUAGUACUUUUAUGGUACAUAAGCUGCAUAAUGACAAAUUAACUGCCUUUAUGAUCU